AUGCGCGAAGUCAUCUCUAUCCACUUGGGCCAAGGCGGCAUUCAAGUCGGCAAUGCAUGCUGGGAACUGUACUGUCUCGAACACGGCAUUCAACCCGAUGGUCAAAUGCCCUCGGACAAGACCAUCGGCGGCGGCGACGAUGCGUUCAACACGUUCUUCAGCGAAACCGGCGCCGGCAAGCACGUGCCUCGCGCCGUGCUCGUCGACUUGGAACCGAGUUGGAGCCAUUUCCAUUGGUAG